ACUAGAUGUCAGUAUUGUAUGUUGUAGCAAUUUUCCAUUUUCGAUUUAUAUUACUUUUUUUGCUGUAGUUCUAUAAUAUACUAAUAAAAUGGGCAAUACAUUUCAAAAAAUGGUUAGUAGCGAUCCAUUUCCACCAUCAGAUUCGGAGCCGACAUUUGAUCCGAUGUACGGAUUUCCUAAGGAGCGCAAAGAAAGGGUUAUGCCCAUAUCAGAAGAAGAUUUGAUAGCUGCCAAGAUUCCUUUAGAAUAUAGAGAUUAUUGUGCUGAUGUUUUUUUGGAAUAUAAACGUUGCUUUCUAGAAAAGUUUCCUUUUGUAGUACUUUGUGCUGACACAGCUCACAAUUAUAAGGAAUGUGAAUAUAAUGACGACAUUUUAAGGGCCAAAGAAUAUGAAAGAGAACGUAGACUUCUGGUCAGAGAACGCAGGAAACAGAGGGCUAUGGAAGCAGUGACAGCUUAGAUUCCACAUUCACUGAACAUUGUUUACAUUUAGAUUAUACAUAUGUGAAUAUAGAUGAUAUAUACAUGAAAUUUGCUUAUAGAAGAGUGAUUAUAAUAAAGAAUUUAAGGUAUAAAUUGGUAAACAAAAAUGUAAAUAUUUUUAUUAUUGUUUCUAUUGUUAUUACUAAUAUGCCACAAUUAUUUGUAUUGUUAUAUAUAAGAUAUGUCAGAUAUGUCUUUUUUAUUUAUAAAAGAAUACUUAAUAUUUGUCAUUAAGUUGGGCAGAAGAUAUUAGUAUUUUAAUUUUGUAUAUAAAUAAGUUAUUAUUGAA